GAAGUUUAUACAGAUGCAGUGUCGAAGUUUAUGCAUGUUACCGUGACAAAAUUGGGAGUGCUGGUGCAACGAGAUCGUCGCCUUCCUGGUUUUUUGGAAGUGUGUUGUGCAAAUCAUUCGUCGCAAUGGAUGAGAAAGAGAAGCGAAAACAUCUGUACCAACAUGAAGGAUUCUGUCAUCAGGUACUUGGAGCGUCUGUUGGGUCAAUUUAUGGCACCAUAGUUGGGACUGCGCUGGGCUUCUCAUCAGUUGGAUUGCCGCUCUUCGGAUGGGAUGAAAAUGCCCCGUUCAUCAUGGGUGAAUACGAAAAGUCAGUUUUCACCAGCGUUUUCGUGUUGGUGAUGAUUGCUGGGUCUAUCGUUGGUCGCUACUUGACAUCCCUGGUGGGUCCUCGGAUGAUCCUUACUGCGCUGCUCUUACCCACUAUUGCGAGCUGGCUCCUGAUUGCUUUCGGAAAAAACAUCUACCUGUUCUUCAUUUCGCGCACGAUCCUCGGCAUGUGCGGAGGUAUCGCUUUGCCAAUCGGUCAGAUGUACCUCACGGAAAUCACUUCGCCAGACACCCGCGGGUUCAUUGCUUCUACCGCGAUGUUGUCCCAAUAUAUCUACGGCUUCGUUGACAGCGUCGCAGUAUUGGUCAUGUCAUGGCGAGGAUUGGCCAUGUUGAAUGCGGUAGUGAUGGCUGCGCACUUCCUUGUUUCGUUCUUCCUCCCGGAGUCGCCCGUUUGGCUGCUUCGGAAAAAUAUGACUGAGAAAGCCAGGGAUUCCUUGCAGUUCGUCAGAGGCAAGGAAGACGUGGAAUUUGAACUGAGAGAUCUUCAAUUGCGAAUAGAGGAAUCAAGAAGAUCAUCCAGCGGAUUGCUGGAUCUGCUCAAAGGAAACUACUUGAAACCCCUGUUCGUUUUGACGGCGUUUAUUGCAUUUCGACAACUCAGUGGGGCAUUUGCAGUUCUUUCUUACACGGUUGAAAUAUUUGACACAGCGGGGAGCGGUGUUGGCGCAAUUGUGUCAACUGUGAUCAUAAAUGCAGUUCAAUUGUGUUUCAACUUCCUGUCGAAUGUAAUGACUGAUCGUAUCGGCCGCAAAAAGCUGUAUGUGGCGUCGGCAUCCCUGAUGGGGAUUUCGCAUUUUUCAUUUGGGACAUACUAUCAUUUUCAUGACAAGAACGAAAUCGCGACAAGGAAAUUCAACUGGGUGCCAUUGGUGUCGCUGAUUUUUUACUGCAUCGGGUUUUCCGUCGGAUUUGCGCCUGCAUUAUACGUACUGAUGACCGAACUGAUUCCUAUGCGCAUUCGAAACUCAGCUUCUGCGGUGAUGUCAGUAAUCAACAACGCUGUUUGCUUCAUCGUCGUUCAGUACUUUUACAGCAUGCGUCGUGAAUUGACUGAGGCUGGUGUUUUCUGGUUCUACGGCUCAAUUUGUAUUUUCGCUGCCGUUUUUUGUGAGAUUAUGUUGCCGGAAACGAAAGGAAAAAAUCUCGACGAGUUGGAAGCAGCGUUUGCCAUCAAAAUAGCACCGAAAAAUGAGUCUGAAGGAAAUUCAAUAUUGUUGGAAACGAACGGCGCCUACAAUACCGGUAUUGUAGGCGUCGAGAAUGCGUCGGAUUUUGCGCUGUUUAAUGACGACGAUUCUGACGAACUACCUUCGGGUGAAGAUGUUUUUGAAGUAAUGGACGACGCAAGAAGUAGAUCCGACAUUCUUGAUAAGGACCACGGUGAAGGAACGUCCAGAUGAACCUCGGAUUUAUUUUUCUAAUUGACUCUCAAACUCUAUCCGUGCUUUUCACCAGACACCCUUCAUGGAUCGUUUACUCCCUAAGUCACGGGUCUUCUGGCAGAUUUCGCAGUCACUCAAUUAUCUCUUCAAAUCCAAAUGACGUAGCAUCUUCUUAAUUACAGAAUUGGAAUUCGUGACCCGUCUGUCCAAGACUGAAUUAUACCUUCGACGCAAUCUCACGCGAAUACAUGAAAUGCUGAUUGACUGAAUUGUGACUGCAUUCUUUCAAUCGUCUCAUCAAAUAUACAGCACUGCAUUCGCCGAU